UCUUCCUCUCGCAGUCAGCACCGCCAAUCUUCCAAUUCGAUGACGAAGUCUUCCACCGGUGCUCCUGUGAACCCAGGGUCAGGUCCAAUUGGCACGAUUAACCCAAAGUCUCUGCCGAAAAGUUCUGAGGAUAUCACCCUUGAUAAGCUAUGGGCGAAGAUGAGCAAGGAGGUGGCUAUGAGAAACAUGAAAAGAGCAGAUAGACGAAAGGAAUUGAUGGUGCAGGGGAAGGAUCCCAAGGAUGUCUCAGACGACAAAAAGGAUGAGUCUGAUGUUCUCAUUCACACCGUGCGUAAGGCAGUAGAAGCCAAAGCGGCAUCGGCAUCUCUGGUGAAGGCUGCUGCCACUAUUGCUUCAUCUACCACCACUGCAACAUCCAUGGACGCCACACUUUCGACGUUUUUCUCUGAUGCCAUGACAGAGAAGAACAAGACGGCCUAUAAUCCUAAUGACAUUGCCUUCUACGAGGAUUACAAGGCACUUUUGGUUUACAAGAUUUCAAUUCCCUUGUCCAUGUUUCACCCAUCCUAUUUACAUGCGUUGCAAUCAGACGGUACCAGCAAGAACUUCAGUGUCCUCAACAUAUCCAGAGCACCAGCUGAAGCCGACUUAAACAGGGCUGACUUCCUCAUGUGCUACAACAAUCUUCUCGAGUUUUUCACUGAUAUAGGCUAUUUCUGGGUGAAGUUCUUCAAGGAUCCCUUCAUACCUGAUCCUUCUGCGAAGUCUUGGUCAGAUGGAGUGCAGACUGCGAAGGACAAUUACCUCCUCAGACAACGGGAAACUCAAUUUAAUCCUUACGAUAUGACUCAACGGGAUAACGCUAGUCGCUCCAGUUCCUUUCAGCCCUUAUGCCUUAGAUGUGGCCUCAUUGGACAUUAUGUGGACUCCUGCAUGGCAGCAACACCUAGUAAAAGCGGACGGUUCUUUCUUGUUGAGUGGAGGGACAAUUCACUCCUUCAAAUCUCAGAUCACAAGCUUGUCUGUGUCCAUUUUAACCUCACAGUCUGCAGAAUCGAGCCUUCCAUCAACCACGUUUAUAAUCUAUUGGACAAGUAUCCGAAUCUAGUCUUCGAUAUUGCUUAUAGUUCCCCCAUUGCUGAAGCUAAUCCUGAAAUCAUUGAAAAUUACUUACAAGACGAAAUUGCAGCUGGACGAAUGGGAGAAGGAUUGAGUGUUGAAAAAGCUCACGUGUUCUUUGGAGGUCAUUUCCGUACAGCACCAAUGGGUGUUGUGUUUGACCAGCAAAAGCCAUGGAUCAUCCAUAAUCUAUCUGCUCAGGAUCCUGAAGGUUCUUCUACGAAUUCCUGGCUCAAUGCAAAAGACUGGCUGACACGUUGGUAUACGGCAAGCAUGUAUGAAGAAGCGGUGAGUGUCUGACUUAUACUGACUGGAUCUGGUGGAAUGGAUAUGCACGGAAGUGCUCACAUGUGACCCACAUGUUCUGGUGGCAUGGCUCAUGCCUGGUGAG